AUGAGCGAUUACAACGGCCAAAUAAUGGCUCAGCAAUACACGGUGGACAUAAGCCAUUCACCAGCUGGCAUGCAGCGAAUUCAUUCGUCACCUCAACAACCGCGACAAGCACAUAUGAUUCAAUCUGGACAAAUACUUCCCCAGCAACAAAUGAUGAUGCAAGCCAGCCAGCCAAUCCAUAUGCCACCGUGUACAAGUAUGCAGGUACAAAUGGCGUCGAUGGGUCCACCACAAAUGAUCUCGCAACAGGGUGUAGCUAUCAUGAAUCAUCAGGGGCAAAUGCAACAAGCAGGUGCUGCACAAGGUGUUAUGAUGCAGGCGCAACAUCAGAUGAUUGCAACAGGACAAAUAUCGCCGCAGCAGAUGCAAACACAAAUUCUUGUCACAUCAAUGGGUCAGCAGCAGAUGCUUUCAACCAUGGUUACCCAAGUGCAGCAGCAACAGCCAACACCUCAUCAAAUGGCUCCACCAACAGCGCCACAUUUAGGACCACAGCACCAACCACAACAGUCACUACAACAACAACAGCAGCAGACCCAACAACAACAAACUCAACAACAUCGAAUGAUGACUUCGACGCAAAUUUUGCAACAGCAAAGUCAGGGACAACAUUCAUUAAAUGCCCAGCAAAGUAUUGGCCACAGUCCAGGAUUUGCUCAUCCAGGUCAAUCUCAUAUGCAUACUCCGAAUCCAAAUUAUCAGCAGCUUUCUCCACAUCGAUCAACAAUGACACGUUAUCCAACUCCAAGUCCAGAAAAUAUGCAGCACGGAACUCCCCCCAUAUAUCGUUCACCAAUACAACGUUCAGUAAAUGCACCACGUGUUAUUGGGCAAUCUUCUGCAAUACGACAAGCCUUGGGCCAUCUUCCACCUGCUGUAACACCUGUACCUGUACAUUCUGCAGCUGAGUCGCACCCUCUGCCGCCGACUAACAUGAAAUUACUAGAAAAGGAUGCCAUGGAAGCUCUUAUUAAAACAGUGGAUCCUCUGGAAGCAGUGGAAGAUGAUGUUUCUGAUGCGUUAUUGCAGCUGGUUGAAGAAUUCGUUGAUGAUGUGAUUGAACAAACGGCACGUGUUGCUAAGCAUAGGAGUGCGCAGAAAGUUGAAACGAAAGAUGUGCAAUACGUAUUGGAAAGGCGAUAUAAGAUAUUCUUGCCGACUGGUUCCGUUGGUGGCGUCCAAUCAGCUGAUCGUAAUCCGUAUGUAAAAUCUCCGGCAACCGAAGCACAUCGUCAGCGCAUGUCGCUCAUUAAAAAAGGUAUCCAGAAACCGUGA